GCUGUUUCCUAAAUUCUUUUUCUCUCGCUCUUCGCCUCUAUCGCUCAUCGGCUCAUUGGCAAUCCGACUCGCGAAGGUGAAGGUUGUCGAUCGCCAAGCGCCCAAGUCGACUUCACGUUUCAACUGUGCUUUCAGUGCUUUUCAAAGAACUUUUGACCAUCGACAUGGAUCUCGUGUGCAACGAAAAUUCAACCGCCACUUGCAGGGCUCAAAGGGACAGAGCGAUUUUCGAGGACGUUCGCGUUAUAAACAAUCUUUUGAACGAGGAAAUGUUCGCUGUUCCAAAGUGCGACUACUUCCAAACGGUCCAAGAUGACAUUCAGCCCUUCAUGAGAAAGGUCGUCACUACCUGGAUGCUUGAGGUAUGUGAAGAGCAAAUGUGCGAGGACCAAGUGCUGCCGUUGGCCAUCAAUAUCAUGGACAGGUUUCUAUGCGUGUGUUGCAUCAAGAGACAGCAGCUUCAGCUACUGGGCGCCACCUGUUUGCUGAUAGCUUCAAAGCUGAGAUCCACGAAUAUGCUGCCUAUUGACCUGCUUUGCGCGUACACGGACUACAGCGUCACGUCGAUACACGUCAUGAGUUGGGAGCUGUUGGUCCUCUCCAAACUCCAGUGGAAUGUUUCGGCAGUCACAGGUUUCGACUACAUAGAUCAAGUUAUAGAAAGGUGUGGAUGGGGCAGCGAAAGCAGUUUACUCAGAAGGCACGCUCACACGCUAGUUUCAAUCUGCUAUACCGGUAAGUCAUUUGAUAGUUCUGCAUGUAAAAAUAUGUCAUACAGAAGCUAA